AAACACUCAAAAACCAUCAAAUCCUUGUCUACCCAACACAAAAUCUCAAGCUUUUCACUUCAAUUUGUGUGGGAUCUGCUGUAUUUUUGGUGUGGCUGGUAUUUUUGUUGGGAUUUCUCUCAUGGCUUCAAGAAGGGGCGGAAGCAAGAGGAAACAGAUUGGGAGUUCUAGUGCCGGUGGCCAGGCACAAGAGGAAGGUAACCUCGUUGAUAAUGCUCUGUUUGUGGAUGAUGAUGCCAUUAAUCGCUAUAAUUUUGUCAAAAACUUGGCUGUGCUACCCUGCAAUUGUGUGAAGUUUAGUCAAUUUCCUCAAGGAGAUAUGCUUGUUGAACAGAUAUUUAGAGAUAUUGAGUGGAAGAAUUAUGUAGAAAUUAAGGAGCAUGUGUACUACGAAGUUGUUCAUCAAUUUUAUGCUAAUUUGAAACCAAGAGGAAAUAAAUGCAAAACUAUGGUUUCUGGGAUAUCAUUUCAGUUUUCACCAAGAGAAAUUUGUGCUACAUUAGAAAUACCUGAAGGAGGAGAUGAUCAGUUUGAAGGUGUAAAUAUUUCUGAAGUUAGAGCCACAAUUGCCCCAAAUUGUACUGCUGGACAAAUUAAUGUGGGAUUUCUUACACCAGAACACAGAGCAUUGCAGUGGAUUAUUAGUCGCGUUCUUGCUCAGAGAAAGGGUUCCAAAUCUGUUGUACUUAGUGGUGAUCUCUUAUGGUUUGAUUAUCUUCUCAAAAGGAAGAGGUUGAACCUUGGAAGAUUCAUUUACCGGAAUCUAAUCAAGACUUAUUCAUCAAACAUGGGUCUUCCUCAUGGUGCUUUAAUUACUAGAUUGGUGAAGAGGAACAAUGUUGAUCUUACACCCUUUAUGCUUGGAAAGGUUCAAAGUGGGACUACACUUACCAAAGCUUCUUUUGAGAAAAUGGACUGUUUGUUUAGAAAUGGCACUUGGAUAAAGAAAGGGGAACAAGAAGGGGAUGAAGAAGAAGGUGAUACAGAUCAAGAAAUGGCAGAACAAGGGGCAGAAGAUCAUGAAGAUGACAGCCCAAGACCAUUUCGAGUCUCCAUGCAAAGGACAAACCGUGAAACCAUGGAGUUAAUGAUAUCUGAAAUGCAGCAGCUGCACACCGACUUUUAUGGUUUCCGGACAGAAAUGAGAGGAAAGCUUGAUCAGCUUAUUAACCAUUUUUUUCCUCCACCCCCACCUGAUGCCAACUGACUUGAUAUUUCUUUAGUUUGGCUAAUCUUUAGAAUGGACAUCUUAGGGUUAUGCAUGUUAUGUUUUAUUUGUCUAUGGAUAUGUCUUGAACCUUGUUAUCUUAUUUUAUGAAUGGAAAUGACAUCACUUGUGUUAACAUGCUUUGUGAAUGGUUGUUUAUGAUUUUGAUGAUAAUAUGCUCUUAUUGAGGGGGAGUUUAUUGGUUGAUGAUUGUAUUCAUGACUUUGCUUGUCUAUGGUGCUAUAUUGAUGAUGAUUGAUAAUCAUAUUCAUUACAUUUUCUUGAUGCUUUAAAGGUUGAUAGCAUGAAUUAAGGGGGAGCAUUUUGUGCUUAAAUAUUACUUUUCUUAAUGGUUAUCAUGCUUAAAUGCCUUAAAGAUUGAUGUGCAUGAAUUAAGGGGGAGUUUGUUGAUUAUGUGCUUUUUGAUGAAUGACAAAAAGGGGGAGAGAAUAUGCUGAAUUUAAUGUCAUUUUCUAGAGUACCUUGUGUUGAAAUUCUGGUUAAUAUUGAAGUAUUUAUGUGCUUUCAUUAAUUAAUUCUCAAAGUGUUU